AUGGAAGCAAUUCGGGAGGUUGAAUCCGAUUCGGAUGAUUUGCGGAUGAUUAUGCCUUCACCGCCAUCUCCAGCUCCGGACGUACCAUCACCUAACAAAAUCCCAAUGAGCGAAACAGAUGAAGUUUUGAGAGGGUUGCGAGACCAUUCGCCGGUGAGGACGCGGAUUGAUCAGUUCCAGUCACCGCCUGUGGAACCAUAUCAACCAAAGAACUACAAAAUCUUCGAGGACUCAAUGCACUCAGAUUACAACGGCAACUAUGAUGUGCUGCCGCCUAGUGCCGCAAAACGAUUUCAAGCACGACGAGGUGACUAUGUAAACGGUCAUCAGUCCUCCACACCUCCUUCAUUUCAGAUGUCCUCCGUAAGUCACACUGACAGACUUCCUUCAAGCCUAUUUUCAUUUAGUAACACUUGA